GUUUGGGCAUCAGUUUGCUCCAUUUCAUCACAUCAUCAACAACCAUCCUCAAUCGAAACGAAAUGUCUGGCCGAGGCAAAGGAGGAAAAGUUAAGGGCAAGGCAAAGUCUCGCUCGAGCCGAGCCGGUUUGCAGUUUCCAGUCGGUCGGAUUCACCGCCUUCUCAGAAAGGGCAACUAUGCCGAACGCGUUGGUGCCGGAGCUCCCGUGUACUUGGCUGCCGUGAUGGAAUAUCUGGCAGCUGAAGUUCUCGAGUUGGCAGGAAAUGCUGCCCGCGACAACAAGAAGUCCAGAGUCAUCCCACGCCAUCUUCAGUUGGCUAUCCGGAAUGAUGAGGAAUUGAACAAACUGCUGUCCGGUGUGACAAUCGCUCAGGGUGGUGUGCUGCCGAAUAUCCAGGCAGUGUUGCUUCCCAAGAAGACCGAGAAAAAGGCUUAAACCAUGCUAGCGUUACCAUAAAAUCACAAAACCGUCCUUCUCAGGA